AUGCAUUUCUCUACCCUCGCCGCGACGGCAUUUGCCACCACUGCGCUCGCCAGCCCACAAUGGGGUGGUCCUCACUGGGGCGGUCCUGGCGGCAACUGGGGCCCACACGAAAACCAUCAGUGCAUCUCGCAACAGCAGGCUACGGAUCUUGUGAACACAGCCAUCACGGUCUUCAACCACUUGCCCACACAGGAUGGUGCCAAUGCUACUGCGCAAGCACUCCUCACCGACGACUUCGGCGAGUACUCGGACUCGAUCAAGUCGCUGCAAGGAUUGAACUUGACAGGCACCGGCCAAACCGCCACCAAGCAGGAAUGGAUCCAAGGUAUCGUCUACCGCGGUCCACCAACGACAGGUAUCCAGAGCUUGUACGUCAGCCCAGCCGGCUGCAACAAGGUCGUCUGGUACUUCGAGUUCGACGCCGUAGCUCGCGCCACCUACCGCGUGCGUGGCUUCAACCUCAUCGGCGUGGUGCAGAAAGCUGGCAAGUGGCAGAUCGAUGAGCUCGAUCUCGAGUUCAACUCUAUUGCUUGGGGUCUGGAUGAUGGCGAGAUCGCUGCUGCGUGCGGUAUUGCGCAGGCUAUGGGCGAGUUGAGCGGAGCUACUGGGCCACCAGCCUAG